UUUCUCCUAAUAAAAAUGCAACUGGACAUUAUUCUUUCCUUUAUUUUAAUUAUUUUGUUUCCAAAACAUUUACAAAUUUCUGGAAUGUUUACCCCACAUAAUCGAAGUCGUCUCAGCAGAACAUCUUCUUCCAUUGUCACUGCUAUAUCAAAAUCUCCACGGUAAAAUUAAA